AGACUAACAAAACUCCGAUGGCCAUCAAUAGAGAAAUGCUUAAUCCAAGAAUAACAUUAAAGAAAUCAAAAUUGAACCUGUUGAGGAGGAAACUAUUUUACCUGAUAACCCGCCUAAAAGUUUGAUUAAACUUCUAACAAGCUGAUUAGAGUCUCAGAUGAUGUUUUACUUUCAAAUCAAUCGGUUGAUAUAACUGUAUCACCUCAGCCAAAACGAAGAAAAGUGGAUUUAGAUAUAAGUGUUAAAGAAAUUUUAACUUCUACUCCAGCCGUAGAAAAUAUAUUACAUGAAUAUGCCAGGACUGAGCUGUUAACACCUGAACAAAGCGAAGCUAUUGUGCGUUCUGUUGUUGACUUUUAUGUACGCAAUAAACUGAUUAUGACUAUAUCACGAUGUAAAGAAAUUGCCGAAGAAAUAUUACAACUAUUUCCCACGGAAUGUUUGGAUUUUUAUUUUAUACAAGAUAAUAAAACUAGAUCGCCAAAAGGUAAAAUUUGGGAAUAUUUUCAAGAAUGUAAACGUUCAGUACGCAAAGCUCAGACCUUUAAGUCUAGACAGGAAAUAUUGAAAAAUGAUUGUUCUAUAAGUGAUGAUGAGGAAGUUUCAAAUAAAAGUGAAGAUUGGUCUGAUAUGCAAGCGAUAUGUUCCCGAAUGAAACAUAUUAACGAUGAAAAAGAAUUAUUUGAAAAAUGGAAAGAAUCAUUUGCUUUUAGACGUCAUCAAUUGCAGACUGGUUGGUUUAGCAAUUGGAAGUUAUAUUUCGAUGAAUAUCCAUUUUGUAAACAACAAAAUUAUGCAGAAUUCAUUGAAUCUGAUUUACAAAUGCUUUAUCCUAAACUAAAGUUUAGUGACUUUUUAUGGAAUGAAUUUAUGGAAAAAUUCCCUAAAUUCUUCUUGAAUCGUAUAAAACAUGUUAAAUCAAAACAAUUAUUAGAUCAACUAAUUGCUAUGGAAAAUAUGUCUUCUUAUAAGGAUUAUGUUGCCAUUAAAGUUUUCGACAUUUUACACGCCAUUCUAAAUACCUAUAAUAACAAAUCACAAAGUAUAGAAGAAGCCCAACGCAAGUUUUCCGUUGAAGUAGCCGAUCUAUCCGAUCUUAAGAAAGUCGUUAUAGAACGCAAAAGAUAUUGUACCGAUAAUAAUAUACAAGCUAAACCCUAUAUAGCUGUUGUGGGUAAAAAUAAAACCUAUAGUAAUUUUUCGGUUAUUUUGGAUUCAACUGGUUUUAGUUGUGAUAAUUAUAAGGAUUCUUUGAUUUUAUGUUUUAAUUUAUAUCUCUUCUUUGAAAUAAGUUUUCCCCUAGAAUCUUUAAAUGUUUGGACAUUUAUACAGAAAUAUUUCUUUAAUAAACCACCCUUAGUUAGUAAUCAAAGAGUUGAUAGUUUUAUCAAUGAAAUAAAGGAGAAAAAAAGAAAUACAUCUAUUGAUAACUGACUUAGGCGUCGUUUACGGUAUAAUAAGUAAACUUAAUUAUAAGUUGUAAGAUAUAAUAAACACUAAUGAAUAAA